AUGAUUUUUAAAGGGAUCGGCGAUUAUGAUAGUGUCCUACAUAUGAUUUUAUACACGUGUGGUUUGCAAACGACUAAUACAUUGGACUCGUAUGCGAAGGAACCGGCGUUUGAUUGUUCAGACUUUUUAAGUCUACCCCAAAACCUGAGGCCAUGUCUUAUCAAGAAUUACGUUAAUAUUCAUCGACAAAAUCUUUGCAAUGGUCUCGAGUUUGAGACCAAUACUGGCCUUCCUAUGGCUGAUAUUGAGUCCAAGUAUGCCAUGCUUUUUGUGCAUCGCGUACAUCAUGUGGUGGGCAAUAGAGAAAAGCAAAUGGGACUUCGUGUUUACCACACUGAAAAAUUAAUCGCUAACCAACUAGAUCAUAUGAUGGCUGGCAUACACCCGUCCAUUUACGGUGUGUUAGUGCCGCCCAAUCGCAACAAUUUUGUAAACGUCGGUCACUGCAGUUACCGGUGUUUCAAAGAGGUAACAAACUCUCGUGAUUAUAUUACCAUCACACAUAUUGAGCCACACGUCCAUACAAAAGGGACUAAAAUACUAAUCAGACAUUUUCGAGGUAAUGAAGAAUUGGACCAGGAUAACGACGUUUUAUCCAUAGAGUGCUAUUACAACAACACAUUAAGCAACGAAACACUAGUGACAACUACCGAAAAACAUGGUGGAGAGAUGUGUCUGGCAUUUAUGUAUUAUUACCCACCAGUAAAAGGGGGCGGAAUGUGCUUCAGUAUGUCUGACGAGGAAACCUUGCUUCAAAUGACUAACUUGGAACAAAUAACAGGAUAUUGGUUAAAUCCGCAACCGAUAAUCAUUAGACCCAAGCAUUGGAAUAAUACACGAGUCGAGGAUUAUAUACGAAAACGCGAGGAUUAUAGCAAUGAUAUCCAGAAUAUAAUGAGAUUCUCGAAUAAAAGGAUUCGUUGCAAUAUUAUUCAACAAAAAAACGAGCUACAUAAAAUGGGCUAUGUUAAUUAUCCAGAUAGCAAACAUACCGUUUACAUAAGUGGAAACGGAAUUGACUUUGGUAAUAUUGAUGGGAGCGAUGGUCAUUCUACUCGGUUGGUCCACAAUGAGGGUCAUAUUGGCUGUGGAGACGACCACACCGUUACACGUGAUCGGCUGUACAGACGAACCCGAAUAGACGGCUGCUGUGAUGUUGAGCGCACUUUUGGCACCACUCGUGCAGACAGUGCUAAGGGAUAUGGUUUUGGUUGUGUUCACGAUUGGAGUGACCGCUAUUUAGGGACUUGGAGUGCAGUCAAAUAA